CUACUUGAACCGCUUAAUCAUCUUUGCCUCUGCUUCUUCAAGGCGACAGACUCAUCCGGCGUGAAUCAGGGAAGUGAAACUCAUUUCCGAGGAGAGUCUUCAAAGGGUUGUCAUUGCCUCGUUCAUACCUGAGAGAAGGGCAACAAGUUAACAACAAUCAAUACCACCUUGCUUACGGCAACGACACAGUAGACUCGGGGGAAGCUAAAAUACCUGCCCUCCAACCGACGUCAAUCAUCAAUUCAAGGCAAGAGACUUAGGAGCCACUUACAAAUUCCAAAAUGGCCGCCGAUCCCUCCAUUGACGGCGGUUUAGACAUCGCAGCAUGGCGCGCCCAAAUCGAAGCCAUGAAGGCAGCCGUAGCCGGCCUGCCCCCAUCCUCCAGUGAAGCCGGCGGUAGCACCACCAAUAGCGACUGGGAUGACGACGAGAUCGAUUCGACCUACUCCCCGACCAGAAAUGGAGACGGUCCCAGAGACAUUUGGGAUUUCAUCUCGGACGACGAGUUGGACUCUAUCGAGUUUACUGAUGGUGGUGAUUACUACCACGACCAUGAAGACGCUGACGGAGUUUUUCAGCAUGGAGGAUUUGCCAGUGGCUCCGGCUCCGGCUCCGGCUACGAUUUCGGCUGGCUCGCCUCUCGAUGCGCAGACGUCAGGUCCGCUGCCGGCCUUGGCGCCGGGGCUCUUCAGGACCAGAUCAUGGAAAUCCUGGGUUCUGGCAAAUCAGAAGAUGAGCUGCAGUCUUCGCUGACAGACCUCGUUGGCUUUGACGACCUGGACUUUGUCAUCGAUCUGCUCUCGCAUCGGGAGGAGCUAGUGUCGUCUGUGGGGCGGCAGCUGAAGCAACAGCAAGAGCAACAACAACAACAACAACAACAACAAAGUAACGGCGGCGACGGGGGGCUGCGCCUACUCAGCAAAGCCCAACGAGAGGCCGCCCUCCGCCAACGCGACUAUGAGCACAAGUCCGCUCCGCUGGCCGCCGCCCGAGCGAAGGAGGAGGAGUACCCGCAUGUAUACCGGGCGUACAGCGCGGGCAACACGCUGAGCCAUUCGGGCAAGCGGUAUGCGUUGCCCCCUGGGAGUGAGAGAAAGGAGUUUGAAAAGUACGAGGAGUACACAAUCCCGGCGGGCAAGACGGGUACCCUGGGCCCUGGGAGGCAGCUGGUCAAGAUCGCGGAUAUGGAUGGACUGUGCAGGAAUACGUUCAAGGGGUACAGUACGCUGAAUAGGAUGCAGAGCUUGGUGUAUCCGGUGGCGUAUAAAACGAGCGAAAAUAUGCUGAUUUGUGCUCCUACUGGUGCUGGUAAAACCGAUGCUGCCAUGUUGACCAUCCUUCACACGGUCGGUCAGUACUUGACACCAAGUCCCUUCGAGGAUCACGUUGCUACAGACUUUGCCGUUGCCGCAGAGGAUUUCAAAAUCGUCUACGUUGCUCCCAUGAAGGCUCUGGCGGCCGAAAUCACGGAGAAGCUCGGCAAGCGGUUGGCCUGGUUGGGCAUUCGCUGCCGUGAGUUCACAGGUGACAUGCAUCUCACCAAGUCGGAAAUUGUCCAAACACAAAUCAUUGUCACGACCCCUGAGAAGUGGGAUGUCGUGACGAGAAAGGGCACCGGAGACACGGAGCUUGUGCAAAAGGUCCGCUUGCUCAUUAUCGAUGAGGUGCACAUGCUUCACGACGAGAGAGGCGCAGUUUUGGAGUCCUUGGUGGCGAGAACGGCGCGUCAGGUCGAAAGCACACAGUCUCUCAUUCGCAUCGUUGGGUUGAGUGCCACGCUCCCUAAUUACGUCGAUGUAGCGGACUUCUUGAACGUCAACAAGUAUGCUGGGCUCUUUUACUUUGACGCCUCCUUCAGACCAGUCCCGCUUGAGCAACACUUCAUUGGAGUCAAGGGCAAACCGAACUCUAAGCAAUCUCGGGAGAAUCUAGACCAGGUAGCCUUUGAAAAGGUCAGGGACAUGCUUGAGUGUGGCCACCAAGUCAUGGUUUUCGUUCACUCGAGAAAGGACACGCAAGCCACGGCCAAGAUGCUUCUGGAAAAGGCCACGGACGAGGCUUGCACCGACCUUUUUGAUCCCAGCUACCACGAGAAGUACGAGGCUGCCAUGAGGGAUGUCAAGCAGACCAAGGCUCGUGAGAUCCGCGAGCUCAUUCCCAAGGGCCUGGGUAUUCACCAUGCCGGCAUGGCUCGUGCAGAUAGGAAUCUUAUGGAGCGACUGUUUGCCGAGGGUGUCAUCAAGGUCCUCUGCUGUACGGCCACUCUGGCUUGGGGUGUCAACUUACCCGCUGCCGCCGUCGUCAUCAAGGGUACCCAGGUGUACAGUGCCCAGGAUGGUAAGUUUGUUGACUUGGGUAUUCUCGACGUUCUGCAAAUCUUCGGUCGUGCUGGUCGUCCUCAGUUCGAGGACACUGGUAUCGGCAUGAUUUGCACCACGCACGACAAGCUCGCACACUACCUCACUGCGAUCACGGAUCAGCUACCCAUUGAAUCCAGGUUUUCGGCCAAGCUGGUCGAUAACUUGAAUGCCGAGAUCGCCCUGGGCACUGUCACUUCGAUUCCGGAGGCCGUCAAGUGGAUCAGUUAUUCGUACCUCUUCGUACGCAUGAAGCGGAAUCCUAUGGCCUACGGUAUCGACUGGUCCGAAUACGACAAUGACCGCUCGCUGGUCCAGAGGCGACGACAGCUGGCGAUCCAGGCUGCCAGGACACUGCAGCAGAGCCAGAUGAUUAUCUUCAACGAGGCGACCGAAGAACUCCGUAGCAAGGAUAUUGGUCGGAUUGCCAGUCAGUUUUACAUCCAGCACUCCAGUGUCCAGAUCUUCAAUUCCAUGAUGCGGCCUUUCUCGACCGAGGAAGAUAUUCUCAAGAUGAUUGCCAUGAGUGGCGAGUUCGACAACAUCCAGUCUAGGAACGAGGAAGCAAAUGAGCUUAUGGCAAUGAAGCAUGACGAGAGGUUCGUACCUUACAAAGUUAGCACCGGCAUUGAUCAGCCGCAUACGAAGACCAAUAUCCUGCUCCAAGCCUACAUCUCCAGAGCGCAGCCGCAAGAUUUCGCUCUAACGAACGACCUCAACUAUGUCGCUCAGCAAGCCGGGCGUAUCUGCAGAGCGCUCUUCAUGAUUGCUCUGAAUCGGCGAUGGGGUCACCAGUGUCUGGUCCUGCUCACCAUGGCCAAGUCCAUCGAAAAGCGUAUCUGGGCUUUUCAGCAUCCCUUCCAUCAGUUUGACCGUGACCUCCCUAGGCCGGUGCUCAACAAGCUCGACGAACUGGAGGCCCUUAACAUUGAGUCAAUGAGAGAGAUGGAGCCGGCCGAAAUUGGCAGCUUGGUCAACAACCAUCGUAUGGGCGGCAAGAUCACGAAGCUGCUUGACAACUUCCCGACUCUCAGCGUCGAGGCGGAGAUUGCGCCGUUGAAUAGGGACGUGCUGAGGAUCAAGCUCUACGUCACUCCGGAUUUCCGCUGGAACGACCACUUGCAUGGAACUUCCGAGUCUUAUUACAUCUGGGUCGAGAACUCGGAGACGUCAGAGAUCUAUCAUCAUGAGUUCUUCAUCCUCAACAGGAGGAAGCUUCACGACGACCACGAACUCAACUUCACCAUUCCACUUUCCGAUCCGAUGCCAAACCAGAUCUACGUGAGGGCGGUUUCGGACCGGUGGCUGGGCGCUGAGACUGUAACAGCGGUCUCCUUCCAACACCUUAUCCGCCCAGACACGGAAAGCGUCUACACCGAUCUGUUGAACCUGCAACCUCUGCCCAUUUCGGCGUUGAAGAACCCGGGCCUGGAAGAAAUCUACGCCCAGCGCUUCCAGUACUUCAACCCGAUGCAAACCCAAGUCUUCCACACCCUCUAUCACACUCCCGCCAAUGUCCUUCUGGGAUCGCCGACCGGUAGUGGCAAGACUGUUGCCUGCGAGCUGGCCAUGUGGUGGGCGUUCCGCGAGCGGCCCGGCUCCAAGGUGGUCUACAUUGCGCCCAUGAAGGCGCUUGUCCGCGAGCGUGUCAAGGACUGGGGUGCCCGUCUCGCCAAGCCUCUCGGUCUGAAGCUGGUCGAGCUGACGGGUGACAACACGCCUGACACGCGUACGAUCCAGGAUGCGGAUAUCAUCAUCACCACUCCUGAGAAGUGGGACGGUAUCUCGCGUAGUUGGCAGACGAGAGGAUACGUCCGCAAGGUCAGCUUGGUCAUCAUCGACGAGAUUCACUUGCUUGCUGGAGACCGUGGCCCUAUUCUUGAGAUCAUUGUCUCGCGUAUGAACUAUAUUGCCUCGUCGACCAAGAACUCGGUUCGGUUGCUGGGUAUGUCGACGGCUUGCGCCAAUGCGACGGACCUGGCCAACUGGCUCGGUGUGAAGGAGGGCUUGUUCAACUUCCGGCACUCGGUGCGUCCUGUGCCGCUGGAAUUGUACAUCGACGGGUUCCCCGAGGUCAGGGGGUUCUGCCCGUUGAUGCAAUCGAUGAAUAGGCCUACAUUUUUGGCGAUCUUGAACCACAGCCCCGAGAAACCAGUCAUUGUGUUCGUGCCGUCCCGCCGGCAGACCCGCUUGACGGCCAAGGAUCUUAUCAACUUCUGUGGUAUGGAGGAUAACCCUAGGCGGUUCCUUCACAUGGAUGAAGAUGAUCUCCAGCUCAACCUUUCCCGCGUCAAGGAUGAUGCUUUGAAGGAAGCCAUCAGCUUCGGCAUCGGUCUCCAUCACGCCGGUCUGGUUGAGUCUGACAGGCAGAUCGCCGAAGAACUCUUUUUGAACAACAAGAUCCAAAUUCUCGUAGCUACGAGUACCUUGGCUUGGGGUGUCAACCUUCCAGCGCAUCUCGUCGUCGUCAAGGGCACGCAGUUCUACGACGCCAAGAUCGAGGCCUACAAGGACAUGGACCUGACAGACGUGCUCCAAAUGCUUGGUAGAGCAGGACGACCGCAAUUCGACAACUCGGGUGUCGCCCGCAUCUUCACCCAAGACGCCAAGAAGGACUUUUACAAGCACUUUUUGCACACCGGCUUCCCCGUCGAGUCCUCCCUACACACGGUCCUCGACAACCACUUGUGCGCCGAAGUGUCCGCCGAGACCAUCGUUACCAAACAAGACGCGCUCGACUACCUGACAUGGACCUUCUUCUUCCGGCGCCUGCACAAGAACCCGUCGUACUACGGUCUCGAGAUCUCCGCCGAGGAACACUCGUCCACCAUGGCUCAGCAGCUCGCCAACGACUACAUGAUCCAAAUGGUUGACCACUCGCUCUCCGAGCUCGCCGAAUCAGGCUGCGUCGAAGUUUUCCCCAACGGCGACGUUGAUCCGACCCCCUUGGGCAAAAUCAUGUCCUACUAUUACCUUUCGCACAAGACCAUCCGGCAUCUGGUCCGCAAAGCCCGCGCCUCCGCCACUUUCCUGGAAGCCCUAUCCUGGAUGUCCCGCGCCUCCGAGUACGACGAGCUCCCCGUUCGUCACAACGAAGACUUGAUCAACGCCGAGCUAGCCAAGGCCUUGCCCUUCCCUACCUCCGCCUUCGACGGCCUGCCGAUGUGGGAUCCCCACGUGAAGGCCUUCUUGCUGCUCCAAGCGCACAUGGCCCGUGUCGAGCCCCUGCCUAUCACCGAUUACGUCGGCGACCAGACAUCUGUCCUGGACCAAGCGGUGCGCAUUAUCCAAGCCUCGGUGGACGUCAUGACAGAGCUGGGAUACCUCAGCAGCAUGUUGCAAUUCGUCAAACUCCUGCAAUGCGUUAAACAGGCUCGUUGGCCUGAGGACCCUGCACUCUCCAUAUUCCCCGGCUUUGAUCAUGCUGAAGCCGACCGGUGCAAAUCCAAAAUGACACUAAAUCAACUGAGCAAAUCCACCAACAAUUCCCGCGGUGGCGGCGGCAGCAAUCAGCAAUACUCCCUCCUCCAAAAGCUCGCCCGCGACGAACUUGGUCUCGCUCCCGCACAAGCAAACCGCUUCGCCAAAGCCGCCCAAGCCGUGCCGGACGUGCACGUCUCGGUGGAAAACGUCAAGCACGGCGAACUGACGGUUGUUCUGAAGCGAUUGAACCCCAUCACGGAGCGCGAAGGACGGAUUUACGCUCCCAAGUUUCCCAAGCCGCAGACGGAGGGGUGGUUUGUCGUGGUGGCGGAUGUGAAGAGGGAUGAGGUAGUUGCUGUCAAGAGGGUUGGUUGGAGUAGUGGGAGGAAACAGCAACAACAAGAGCAGAAUCACCAACAGAAUGGGAAGAAGACGAAUGGAAUAGAGGUGGGCAUGAGACCUAGUGCUAGGGCUGUGAUGAGACUGCCACCGGUGGAAGGGGGGGUGAAGGGCAGGAAGCUGGAUGUGUUGGUGGUUAGUGAUGGGUAUAUCGGGAUGGAGUACAGGGUCGAGGGGGUGGAUAUCCCGGGGCCGCCGGCACCGGAGGGGGAUGAGGAUUUAGACAAGAAGGGGAAGGGACAAGGGGACAAGAGGGGGGAUCAAUCCCAGGAGGGGGGGAAAUGGGGGGAAAGUUCAAAGUGA